UAUAUAUAUAAAGUGAAAGAAAUGGGGGUCUAUGUAGCAUGUUUCCUCGUGAUCAGUUCAGAGUCUACGUGAAAUCCCAGAGGUUGCCUUAUUGCUUGUUCCAUUCCUACUUAAUUGUAAUAGUAAGAAUAAGUCACAUUCCUUGUUGGGUUUUUACUUAUUGCAGAGAUAAACAAAGAAACUGAGGUUGUAAGGGGGAAAAGAUGGGAGCUUUUUCUCUCAAAUUCUGGUGAUUUUGAAUGUGGAGGUUUCUGGGUUUAUCCUCAAAUGAUGUUUUUGUUUCCUGCUAGUUCUGUCUCCAUCUGCAGAUUCCCGGCUGAAUCAUAGCUUUUUCAAAGCAACAUGUUCAGGGUUCUUAAGCUGGCCAAGUAUAUAGCAUUUGAUCCAAUGGGGAAAGAUUUGUGACCAGAAUGGAUCCUCAGGAUUUUAUCAGGUUGUCAAUUGGCUCCCUUGGGCUAAGGAUUCCUGGGACAGCAUUGAAUUCUGCAAAAUCAGGAAUCCAUGCAUUCUCUUCUCCAUGUUCAUGUGAGAUACGGCUUCGAGGUUUCCCAGUGCAAACAACAUUUGUCCCUUUAGUAUCUUCACCUGAAACAACACCUGAUAUUCACAGCAUUGCCUCAAGCUUUUAUCUUGAAGAAUCAGAUCUGAAAGCAUUAUUGGCACCUGGCUGUUUCCAUACUCAUCAUGCAUGUCUUGAGAUUGUUGUUUUCACAGGGAGGAAGGAGUCCCAUUGUGGUGUUGGCAUCAAAAGGCAGCAGAUAGGAACAUUUAAGCUGGAGGUUGGUCCUGAAUGGGGUGAAAAGAAGCCAGCAAUUCUUUUCAAUGGGUGGAUAGGUAUUGGAAAAAACAAGCAAGAGAGCAGAAAACCAGGAGCUGAGCUUCAUUUGAGAGUAAAACUGGAUCCUGAUCCAAGAUAUGUUUUCCAAUUUGAAGAUGUGACCACUUCAAGUCCUCAGAUAGUUCAACUUCAAGGCUCCAUCAAGCAGCCUAUAUUCAGUUGCAAGUUCAGUCGAGACAGGGUGCCUCAGGUGGAUCCAUUGAGCACCUAUUGGUCAACCUCUGUUGAUGGCAUUGACCUGGAAACAGAACGAAGAGAACGGAAGGGAUGGAGGGUGAAGAUACAUGAUCUCUUUGGCUCAGCUGUUGCGGCAGCCUUCAUAACAACUCCGUUUGUGCCAUCAACAGGCUGUGAUUGGGUUGCCAAGUCCAACCCAGGAGCUUGGUUGAUUGUUCGCCCUGAUGUUUGCAGACCUGAGAGCUGGCAGCCAUGGGGAAAGCUAGAGGCAUGGCGUGAGCGUGGUAUCAGAGAUUCCAUUUGCUGCAGAUUUCACCUUCUGUCUGAAAGCCAGGAGGGGGGUGAGGUUCUUAUGUCGGAGAUCUUCAUCAGUGCUGAAAGGGGUGGGGAGUUUUUCAUAGACACUGACAGGCAGUUGCGCUCUGCAGCAACUCCAAUACCAAGUCCACAAAGCAGUGGAGACUUUUCAGGGUUGGGUUCAACCGGUGGUUUUGUAAUGAGCUGUAGAGUGCAAGGAGAAGGGAAGCAUAGCAAACCAUUGGUUCAAUUAGCAAUGCGACAUGUGACAUGCGUGGAGGAUGCUGCAAUCUUUAUGGCACUUGCAGCAGCAGUUGAUCUUAGUAUUGUGGCAUGCAGGCCUUUCCGGAGGAGGCUUAGGAGAGGGUCUCGCCAUUCUAUAUGAAAGAGGAAGUUAAUUGAGUUAUUAAUUUUCGUUAUCUGAGGAUGGCUUCAUUUUACUUUGUUACUACUGUAACUUUAGGCAUUGUGUACAUGAUCUCCGGUAAUUGUUAAGUGGGUCAUAAGCUAUCAAUACACAGCCCACAUGACUACCAACUUACCAAGGCUUAAUUUUAUAUAGUUUUCAUACUUCUGAUUA